AUGGGCUUCGGCUACAAGUUGGCAGAAACCCAAAGCUUUACUGCGGCCAGCAACAACUUUGAGUUGGCUAUUGUUGUCACUGUGGCAACUUUCGGCGCUAAUAGCAACCAGGCUCUUGCUUCUACCGUGAGACCUUUGAUAGAGGUGCCCGUGCUGCUAGGGUUAGUUUACGCUGUGAAGUUCAUGGCUAAGCGAUUAGACUGGAAAGAUUAG